CCUCAUUAUCUUAAAAUGUGCUAUUUUGGCUUUUUUCAGAGCGUGAUUUUAUAUGGCCUCCCCCUCUGGGGUGGAGCCACAGAUGUCGCCCGAGUCCUUCAUCUCCAGAAGAGGGUCCUGAGGAUUAUUUGUGGGGAUGGUAGAUUAGCCCACUGUCACCCGCUCUUUAUCAAAGAGAGGAUCCUCACCGUCUUCUCCCUCUAUGUUCUUCAUACCCUUUGCAGAACACAUGCAAACGUGGGGUUGCUCGUGACCCGAAAGAGCUUCCACCCAUAUGAGACUGGGGGUAGACUCAGGCUGGAUUUACCCUACCAGAGGCUGAGCAGAACUCGGACUGGUCUGGCUCAUAUGUCUAUCAGCCUCUAUAAUAGGCUGCCUCUGUUGGCCAGGGAUCUGCCUGCUGUGUGGUUUCGAGGGGCUCUGAGAAGCCUGCUGACGGAUCACCCUCUGUACUCACUCCGUGAGUUCUUUAUGUUGGAGAGCAGUGUGUAUUGGUACAGUAACUGGUUUUUCAAAACAAAAAAUCAUAUGGAUGGAUGUAAGGAUUUUAAAUGUGAAUCUUGUGAUAAAACAUUUCCUCGCAAAAAUAGUUUGGAGCGCCACAGAAAAAAAGUAAAAUGUAGUAGGUCUACAGAAUCCUUCAUGGAAUAUUUAUUUGAUUCUAUGGAAGAAUUUUUGGAAUGGAAAUCAAAGAUGGAACUGGAAACACAUUCUAGCUACUUCAGAAGGGCAGGAGUGAUUAGUACUUCGGGAACUAAGCACCUCUAUUAUCAUUGCUCACGAACUGGAAGAUAUAAACCUGUAGAAGUGAGACAACGAAAGCUGAAAUCACAAGGCACUGCAAAACUAGAAACUAAGUGUCCAUCAAGGCUAGUAGUGAGAGAAGGUGAUCAAAUUUAUGUGAAAUUUUUCGACAAACAUGAAGGUCACGGAACCGAUUUGAAGCAUAUUCGUCUACCACUUUCUAUCAGAGAAUACGUAGUAGGUAAGUUAUCCACUGCCACUUUGUGGCACCCAAGUAUACUAUAGUGAGGUCCUCGUUAUAAUG